UUUGAUCGUUUUUGUGUGAUUAUAUCAAACCAAAUCUCAACAUUCAUUGAGCACCAUGGUCGAUCUUUUUCAAGUAAUUUUGUUGCUUGCCAACCUGUUGUUCGGUGUUUUUGAUGUGCCAAGUACCGACAUUGGAUAUGAGGAGACAUCUAGCAAUAUCUAUCAAACAGCGGUAACUCUCGGAGCCACUGAAUUCGUGAAAUUAGUAGACAGAUCAACAUGGGUGAAAGACCAACUUCAACAUGGCAGCAACUACACGGUGUUCAUACCGGAUAACGAAGCCUUCGAAACGAUGUCCAAAGCAGCCAAGGAAGCGAUAAAAUUCGACACAGUUGCUGAAUGGGUGUUGAAAUACCAUAUGGGAAUCGGUCAUUUAACUGCACGCGAUUAUAAGAACGACCUCCGUCUGCCAAGUUCUUUCAAGCCAACUGGUUACGGUCUGCAAUCCUUACGCAUUAAUAUCUACGAAGCAUUCAAAGGAGGCCAUCGAAAGGUCUACUCAGUUUCCGGUGCAACGAUAUUCAGACCAGACUACGAAUGCAGUAACGGCAUAGCGCAUAUUAUAAAGAAAGUCAUCUUUCCACUACCAACAGGCAACAAUAUUGCGGAGUUUUUUGAAAAGGAUCCACGAUUCUCAUUGCUAAACAUGUUCAUUAAGAAAGCCAACCUGACUGCAACAUUAACAACAGAUCCAAAUCACGCACUGACCGUGUUCGCACCUAAUGACGACGCUAUUCAGAAGCUAACCGACGAACAGAAGAAGAAACUAGUAAACACCACAUACCUUAACGAGACACUGAAAACACAUGUGGUCGGUGAUGCCUUCUACGCAGCUAGCUUCUAUGAUUUCAAAUCCUUCACAGCGUUGACUGGCGAGACACUGAUUCUGGAGCAAGGCCGUGGUGGCACAACGGUACAAGAUAAAUUGAUUGAGAGCUUUGAUGUCACGCUGACCAAUGGGGUAGUACACGGCAUGUCUGAGAUGUUCUUCCCGGGAUAUUCUGUACAAACCUAACGCUUCGAACACCACAAUUUCCCGC